AUGUACAACACUAUACAAGGCUUUCCAGCAGACCCACCCUAAAUAAGAUCCUUUUACUAUAAACCACCUUCGCUGCCAAAGCUUCAUAUUGGUUAGAGCUCAAUGAAGGAACCUUCCUAAACCAACACUAGUCUCACCUUUUUCAAGCAAAGAUUCAAUCAGCACAGUGUUAAAGAGCUAAACACAUAGAAAAGGAUAGAGGAUUUGAAGAACAAGUUCAACAUUAACCGAUUUAUUGUCAGUCCAGCCAAUAAAAACCGUGAAACUGCUUUUCCCUAGAAGAGAGUAUCCCUAAUCUGCAAUUAAAUGCUCCUAGAAGAAGAACGAAACAUUUUCAAAAAGAAAAGACCUGUAGGCAGCAUAGAUAUGAGUUAUUAAUAAAAUAGCCAAUCUAUAAUUCAACAGUAAUAGCAAGAGAGUUAAAUUGGUACACCAUAGCAAAAUCAAAAGCGCCUAUCUUAAUUAGAAAUAAAUCAUAAAGCAAUAUAGAUGAAAAAUCCGAAUUCAAUUAUAAGAUAAAAAAGAGGAUAAUUUUUCAAUGCCCCUCUACUAACAAUUCAUUAACAUACUAGAUUCAUAACUCAAGGAGAAGAAUUUUAAAGUUAUCUACACAUUAAGAAAUGCUAGAGUCAAGAUGAAUUUGAGAAACAUAAGUCGCCAUUUAAAAAAAUCAUGACUAUGAAAAUAGAUAACAUCAGCAACCUAAAGCAAAUGAUGAUUAAUCCCUUUAUGGAUAUGCAGGACUUGAAAUUCAACAUAGUCAAGCAAAAGAAUAAUUUUGGCAUCGAAAGUAGUGCUAGCAAUUCUCGCAGAGGAGGACGACCUAGAUUUAAAAAAAGCAUUACACUCAGUAAUAAUCAAAAGGUCAGGUUUAGUCUUAAGGGUAUUUACAUGUCAAUUAUUGAUUCAGAUGGGAAUAUUAGACAGAAAAUAAAGAUGGAUGUAGAAAAAUCAUUCAAAGUUAUGCUCUUUCCUGAAUAAGAAUUGAGCUAGUAAAUUUUUGAAGAAUUGUUUUACAAGGAUGGGAAACUACAAAUAGACCAGGAUAAACUUAUUAAGAAUCUAUACUCAAGGUACCAAUUAAAUGAAACUAGGUAGAACUAUAGAACUAUCUGUGGAAGAUUAGUGAUUGAUAGGCAAGAUUUUUAUGUUAAAAUAAAGUAAUCCUUAUAAACAACUUAAAUUCAAUUUAGAAUGCCUUAUGUCAAAGUUUAUGAUUCAAAGUUGGGAAGGACUAUGAUAUUAUAUCUUGAUUUAAGCAUCGUAUUAGGUCUUAUAUAAAAUGGAAUAGAUUUAUGGCACUAAUAGGUAACCUUUUAAUAAUCUAAUGAAAUAUAGGUAAAAGCUAUGAUUGACUUCUACUAUAAUUAAUUGGAUUAGGUUAAGGACAUAUUCAAAAAUAAAUACAAAAUUAAGAAUUAAAAAAUCUAUCCUAUCCAAUCAAAGACAUAUGAUUACAUGAUAGAAAAUCUGUCUACUAAGCCAUAUAUGCUUUUUAAAAGAUUUUCAACUUAAAUCAUGAUCAUCAUCUACAAGAACUUUUAGUAUGAACUCAAUGAUGAAUUAGGAACUCUGAUCGGGAAAUUGGAAUGCCCUAUAAAAUAUGUCAACGAUAUGCUAAAAUAUCAAAGGUUUUAAGGUAAUCUUUCAGAAAAGGUAGCAGAAGAGUUAAUAAUUACGUUUGAUGAUAACAAGAAGGCUUUUAAAAUCGAAUGUGACCUUAGCAAAGUCUAGACUGAACAAAUUGGAGAGGCAUUUUUCAAAUCAGUCUCAAUAAACCCUUACUUCAUUAAAGAAACAGUUUCCAUUUCAUAUAGCUAAAAUAAGACAUUUUAAUUGUUAUUGAAGCCUGCCUAGGUUAAGUACAUAACGAAUGAAACAUAAACUCUGCUUGAACUAAAAUUCGACUAGGUUCACAAUCUUUCGAAACAGAAUUUCAUUAAUUGGGAGAAAUUCAUUCCAAAGAUAAGCCCUAAAUGA